UUAGCAUUCAAACUCAGAUACUUAAUGCUAUAAUGUUAUCCAAACAAUAAAAAAAUGUGUUUGUCAUAUUUAUUUAAUAGUUAUAAAAUUAUAUUUACUAUAAUCGUUUUGGCAUUUAACGUAAUAAAUGUACUAAGCAAAUAUGAAAUAGUUGAAAAAAACCCAAAUGUAACGGUGUCAGUCUUGUCGUAUAUGGAAAUUGACAACUAUGACGUUACUACGAUUUAUAAAGUAACGGAUUUGUCAAACAACAUUUCCAAUGAAGUUGGAUUUAAAAAUGAAAAUUUUUGUUCAAUCUUUCAUAACAAGUAUUCAAUUGAAGUUCAUACAAGAACAAACGCAAUUGGAUUACCCAUUAGAAUAGAUAAUCUGCUCAAUGACACAGAAAUACCCAACGAUACAAUAUUCCAAGAUAAUACAUUUAUUGAAUAUGUAUAUGUGCCUGAUGAUUGGAACAAAACUUUUACUACAAAUACAGGUGACUUGUGUGAUCCAGAAACGAAUAGUUAUCACAGUUCAUUGUCAGGAAACGGUUAUGUUGAAUGUUUGAAUGUAAUGGAAUAUAUAAACACGGAAUCGAUUGAAGAAAGAGAACUCGAAAACUUUUUAAACAUAACAUGGGAACCUCAAAAGACUUUUAAUUCUUUGGCAAUCGAAUAUGUAUUUAACAAGAAUGCCCUUUUUAACAUAAUAAUAUAUAUAUAUGAUGAAAAUCAUGAACAAUUAUAUUUUUCAGAACUAAAACGUAGUGUAAACAAGACAACAUUGAUUAUUAAAAAUUUACAUUUUGAACUCGAAAAAACUUAUACUAUAAUGUUUUUCAAGCGUGGUAAUAAAAUAAUAGAUAUCCCAGAAUUUAAAAUAUAUUUUGGAAUAUAUCAAAUUACAAGGCAAUAUAUCUCAGAAAUUGCAAAAGAUUUAAAGAUAACGUUACCUACAUUUCGAGAUAACUUUAAGAACCAUCUUUUACCAUUUCAUGUAAUUGGAAGUACAAAUGACAUAAGAAAGACACAAAACUAUAAUAAUAUAUCAAUAAGUAAUUGUUUGAAUGGAGGUUACAAAAUAAUAACACAAAAAAUGUGUAUAUGUCCACCUGGGUUUAAAGGAAAACUCUGUGAGAUUGGAUGUGGGUCAAAUACUUAUGGAGCUGAUUGUACUAGUCAUUGUUCUUUUUAUAAAAGUGGAUGUAAAGGAAUGUAUUUGUGCACUAGUAGUUUUGGCUGUACUUGUCCUGCUGGUCUAACGGGGCCACUGUGCAAUCAAAACUGUCCAAGUCAUAAGUAUGGAAAUGAUUGUACACAAAAUUGUUCAUCAAAAUGUUUUAAUCAAACUUGUAACCGGUACACGGGUGCCUGUUCUAAAGGAUGCCCAUCACCGUAUAUACCACCAGACUGUAUCGAAAAAUAUAUGUAUCUCUUGAAUGCACCAGAAUUAGUUUCGGCUAACGUUAAUGAUAUCACAAUUAAAAUUAAUUUUAAGUUGAAUAAUUUUAACAGUGAUAAAGGACUUACAAACUUGAAACACUAUUAUCAAAUACUGUAUAAGACUCCUGAAGAUACCACAUAUACUCAUACAAAAUCAAGACUAUUACAUUUAAAUGAAGUAAAAGAAGUAACUAUUAAACAUUUAAAGCCAGAUACAACUUACACAAUUGGUAUACUAUUAAUUAGAAACGAUGGAAAUUAUAAUGAUCAAAAUAUAGCAUUUGUAAACUCUAAGACAACAUGUAAAAUUCCAGAACCAAAAACGAAUGAUUAUACUAUAAAAGUUACUCAAGAAUCAAAUACUACAAAAAUAACAUGGGAUGAAAUACCACUAACGCCAGAAAAUUGCAAAAUUACAAAAUACACGUUAACAUUGAAGAGUAAAAAUGUUGAAGAUAAUUUCAAUGAAAAUUAUACUAUAGAAAAUACAAAUAAUACCAGCUAUGAUAUAGAAGACCUCAUUGAUAAUUAUGAAUAUAGCUUAAUUAUCACUCCGUGGGUAUUGUCAAACCCUCUACCAUCAUCUUCCGCUUAUAAUUUUACAUCCCUAUAUAGAGACCAAAAUCGUGACAUUGGAAUAGAAGGCAUACAAGCAAGUACCAUUGAGAAUAAUAACAAAUUAAUUACAAAUUAUACUAUUCAUGUGUCUUGGAUAUUCGUUAAUUAUGAUCAAGUCAAUUCUACAAUAAUUGAACCACCAAUCAUAGUAAAAUAUAAAAUCAAUCGAAUAUUUAGUUGUUCUUUGGAUGAAAUUAAAAACGCCAAUUGGACAUCGAAAGAGGUUCGUGGUAAAACAAGCUAUGAAAUUUCUGAUGUAACUCCUAACGCUCAAUAUAUGAUUCAAGUGGUUUUACAUUCCGAAGACAAAAACGAAGAUAUCAUUCAAAGAAAAAAUACAGUUUAUGCAUUAAUACCAGCUACAAAGCCUUCACUUAGGCCAUUACUCGUUGAACCAUUACAAACUGUAAACAACUCUGUGACAGUAAAAUGGAAUAUCGAUCCGAAAAAUUGUGCAAAAUUAAAUGGAGAAUUUUUAGGGUUUUUUGUCAUAUUAUAUAGCAAUAAUAACAAACAAACAUUUGAAUAUAUUACAAAAGAAUAUUAUUACGAUUCAACAUACAACCUUAAUUCAGAUACUGACUACGAAAUAAAAGUGUACGCACUUAAUGACAUUGGUUAUAACACCGAAUAUUUUCUUUUAAACAAUUUUACAACUAAAAUCAUAAAACCAGUACCAAUUAUUGAUGAUUUAUUGAUUUACAAAAAAAGUGUUAAAAAUAAAAUGCUUGGACUUCGAUGGAAAUACUCAAAUGUUUCAAAUAUUGAAAAUAUAGAGAAAUUUAAUAUUUUUGUUUAUGGAACCAAUACUACAAAUGUUAUUAAGGAAAAUUAUAUUGAACCAAAAAAAUGUUCCAACUGGCCGGAGUUUUACUGCUACACAAUUGAGGAUUUGGAUCUCAAGAAUAUUAAUGAAGUUAAAGUAAACGCGUCUGAUAACCUUAAUGUUAGUGAAACAUCAACAGUCAUCUAUAAACCAGGGGAUAAACUGCCUAGUCCACCGUUGAAUUUAAAAUGCAUCAAUAUCACAAGCACCACAGUAACACUCCAGUGGGACAUCCCGUGGGUAUUUAACGGCUUAUUAAAAUCAUUUUUUAUCACCGUCCAAGACACGUCUGAAAGUGAAAUUCCAGAAAUAAAAGAAUACGUUGUUGAAGAAACCUCUAAUUAUACCUAUUUGAUAGACGAUCUAAAGCCUGGUUCGACGUAUUCAAUUGAUGUAGUUGCUGCAACACCAUAUCAUAGUUCUCCGGCUUCAAUUGAAAUUACAACAAAAUCAACUUGAUAUGGAUUAUAUCUGACAUAUCAACCACAUCUACGAAGAAAACUAUUUGAAAUCAACGGACAUCCAAUAUUUGUUCCACAACUUUACAAAUGUUUAAUCUAUUAUAAGCUCUCACUCUUUCAUUUUUAUGCAA